AUGGCGAAGAUUGUGCUGAAUUCGGUGCGUAUGCUCUCCAUGGAGGAGCUCUUCUCCGUGGCGCUGUCUAAGCGUCCGCUGGUUCUCGAGCCCGAGCUUGCGAAAACGCUCGGAGUUGCAGUUUCGACGUCAAUUGGGCGUUCUGAAGCUUCUGACAAGGCGGCGGGUGCCGCUGCCCGCGGUUCUAGCUACCGCGAUUCUCUUAUAGGCCGCAUGAUAUGCUGCGCUCUUCUGCAGAAGGCCGUCCGUCGGAAGCCGCCACCAAGCUCCGGGUUCAUACUCAAGCUCUUUGAUGCCUUGAAUCGUACUUCCUUCGACGUGAGCAUGGCCUUGGAGUCGCUUAAUCUGCGUGCCGAGGGUCCGAGUGAGGUGGCCAGCACCCCCAGCUCCGGUGUGGUCCGCACGUUGGCAAGCGUCGCACAAAUAGGUGCCGCGGGAUCCGACAAGGACGCGCUCGGAACGAUCGCCAGCAGCCUCGGCCUCACGGCGGAUGAGUGCGCUGCGCUGAGCCGUGGCCAGACCGAGUUGUUUGCAACGGUGUCGGUGCUUGGCCUGGUAUUGAGCUCCCUUUCCAAGUUCUCCGACUGUGCUGUCGGCCUGGCUUGCGAGUCCCUGCGUAUACCCACGCAGUGUUUGUCGAGCGCGGAGAUCCAGAAGCUCCCACACUGCGUAGGAGUGGCGCGGAACCUGAUAUGGCUGACUGAGGACAGCAAGUUGAUCCCCUCGUCGUCAAACUCUGGCGACGCCAGCCUGGAGCUCAUUCUCCCCAGCUACAUGCUCGCAAACGGGGAGCUAGAGCACCUUUCGAAGGCGGUAAUCAAGAUAACUUCCGAGAUGUUUGCUGCCAUUUGCGGUGGCAUGAACAACCCAGCAUCGCAAAAAGUCGCCGAACACGCCUGGUUGUUCGCGUUGCAGUCGCAUGUGGCCAAUUUGUGCCGCUGCCUCACGUCUGUUGCCACGUGCUACAUGUCCCUCCUGAGGGGGUUGAGCAACCGCUUCAAGGUGAUAUCUUCUGAGAUCGGUCACUCCGAUGACGCUUCGGGCGUCGGGAACGCCUCAGGCGCGGCGGAUGUCAAUACCAGUUCAUCCGAAUAUGAGAACCUGAUACAGAGUUUCGAGUCGUCUUUGGCAAGCUUAGAUUCCACGUCUGUUAACCUAGAAAAGCUGGACAAGCUCGCUGGAGUGUGCGGAGACAUGUCCGUUGCGUGUGUGUCGUUAUCCACGAGCAUCCUGUCAACGCAGCAGCGGCCCAAGGGCAAGUCCGCCGAGGCAGCAAAAGCCGGAUCUGACGCGGGCGAUCGCAAGCUGCUUCUAGGGCAUGGCAACUUGGGAGUUGCUGCGUAUUUGCGCGAACUUUUGGGCGGCGAAGGUGUCAGCGGCGUGAGGUCGUAUCAGGUGUUGUGCAACUCGCUCGCGGGGCCGCGGCUCCUCCACCAAUCAGCGCGUGUAGAGACGCUGCUUAUCCCACGCAACCAGAAGGUGCGCAAGCUGAAGGUCCCCAAGGGAACCGUCGACACGUUGCCCGAGGAGAUGCUGGUGCGCACCAUUGUACUUGACGCUGUGCGCUCCAUUUUCAAGCAGCAUGGCGCAUGCGAGAUUGACACCCCGGUAUUUGAGCUUCGAGAGACCCUAAUGGGCAAAUACGGCGAAGACCAGAAGCUCAUCUUCGAUCUGAAAGACAGCGGCGGUGAGCAGUUGUCACUGAGGUACGACCUGACGGUCCCAUUUGCCAGAUUCCUGGCUUCCAACAAGAUUGACAAGAUGAAGCGCUACCAGAUCGGCAAAGUGUACCGCCGUGAUGAGCCACAGAUUAACCGCGGCCGGUUCCGCGAGUUCGUGCAGUGUGAUCUGGACUACGCGGGCGUCCACCCGCCGAUGGUGGCCGACGCCGAGGUGCUGUUCAUACUCAUUCGCGUGCUGCGGAUGCUCCGCCCCGGUGGAUUCCACGUCAAAAUAGGACACCGAGUAGUUUUGGAUGCCAUCAUGAGCCACUGCGGCGUGCCCUCUGAGAUGCAUCGCACGAUAUGCAGCUCCAUCGACAAGCUUGACAAGGAGCCGUGGGCGAACGUGCGAGACGAGAUGAUGUGUGAGAAGGGGCUGUCUGUUAGCGUGGUAAAUGCGCUUCAGGAAUUCGUGGAGACAAAGGGGCCUAUGCUAGAUGUAGUUACGUUUUUGCGCGGGAAAAACAUUGCCGGCGCCACCGAAGCGCUGGAUGAGAUGGUGCUGCUGAACCAGUACCUAUCGGCCUACGGCGUCACCGCUGAGGAGCUCUCCUUCGAUCUAAGUCUAGCUAGAGGACUGGACUACUAUACUGGCGUCAUUUUCGAGGCUGUGCUAACCGGAGCCUCCGUCGGCUCUGUCGGUGCUGGUGGCCGGUACGACGGCCUGAUCGGGAUGCUCUCCGGAAGGAACGUGCCAUCUGUCGGCAUGUCGGUAGGAAUAGAACGCCUGAUGAAGGUGGUUGCCCACGGCGACGUUUCGAGCGACAUCACUGACGUGUUCGUGUGUACCGUUGGAGACGAGUCCAUGGCGCUGGAGCGCCUGCGACUGUGCUCCCUUCUAUGGGAUGGAGGCGUCACUGCCGAGUUCCAUUAUAACGCACGCGCCAAUUUACGCAAGCAAUUUGACGCGGCCACCGCUAAAAGGGCCCAGCUCGCCGUGGUAGUCGGCAUGUCAGAGGUAGCGGCCGGCACAGUCCGAAUCAAGCCACUGAAUUACAGCCGCGAGGAUGGUACUGAUGCGCAAGAUGCGGGGAAGAGUGAAGAAGUCGUCGUUAGUAGGGCCGACAUGGUACACACCGUCAGGCGUAUCCUUGGUGAGGUUGGCGGGCGAUAUGUGCAGUUGACUAAGAACGUGAUUCCAAACAUGGCGCAGGUGUUAUGA